AUGUCGGUUUUAGUUAACGGAAGUCCAACUAAAGAGUUUGUGGUUGAGAGGGGGCUUCGCCAAGGUGAUCCUUUAUCUCCUUUCCUUUUCGUUAUUGUUGCGGAAGAGCUUAAAAUAAUGGUGAACAAGGCGGUGGUUAAUGGGGACUUUGUAGGUUGUUUUGUGAACAAUAAAUGUUUUAUCGAUGUUCUCCAAUUCGCGGACGGCACUUUAUUGGUUGGCGAUGGUAGUUGGAAACACUUGUGGGCGAUUAAAGUGGUGUUCAGAGGUUUUGAUAUGGUGUCGGACCUUGGUAUAAAUUUCAACAAGAGUAAGCUCAUUGGGAUUAACAUAAAUUCUCGUUUCAUGGAAGUGGCCACAUCUUUCCUUGCUUGUAAAAGGGAAGGAGAAGGACUUUAUUUUUCUCGAAUGCUCAAGGCUCGCUACGACGACAUUAAGCUUCGGAUGGUGGUUGAAGGAGGAAGGCACGACAAUUAUAGUUCGAAAUUCAAUGUUUCUGUAGCUUGUAUGGCAGCUUGGAUUGAGGGAGAUUGGAAGUGGAAUGAUCUCGGUAUUUCUCAUGUGCCGGCGGACUUGAAGACGCAAGAGGAGGCUUUACGGGUACUAUUGCAGCACCGCUGCCCCACAGCUGCUAAUACGGCCAGCAACGACCUUCUUGAUCGGGUCGUUUGGCUUCGACAAGGUCACGAUUCGUUCUCAGUCUCUUCUUGCUAUUCGGCCAUUGGUAUCUACUCUUUGAAGCAUGGUCCUCCAAACCGUUUUGAUUUCGUUUAUCCUCUCAUUUGGAAGGUUGAAGUUCCGCUUAAAAUCAAAGCCUUCGGGGGGAGAUGCUUUAAGUAUAGGAUUCCGAUGAAGGAUUUGCUUCUUCAUCGAGGUAUUAUCUCUCCUACUUCUAAUCUUGGAUGUGUUUUUUGUGAUGAUUCCGUUGAGUCUCCUCUCCAUCUUUUCUUGUAUUUUCGUAAGGCGGGUGAGGUUUGGAAGGAAAUGGCGUGUUGGAUCGGUUUGUCUAACUAUAAAGAAGUGAAUUUUAAAGAGUUUUUGGAGAUGGAGUAA